ACUUGCCCAUUCGGUGCUGCCCGCGUCGUCGUGGACCAACGACCGUCCACGGGUCGCGUUCGACGCAAGUGCUGCCUGCCGCACGCGCACGCGCCGCAAGCACGCUGCCUCGGGCCGCGCUGGUGGUGAAAGGGCUGCCCCAGCUCCAACGAUACCGGACGCGCACGCUGCCUCGAGCUACCGAAGGUACAGCAAGGUGCCAGCCCGUAGAACAAUGGCAGCAACCCCAUCAGUAAUAAGAACGGCAGACGAGACGGACCAAUCGAUCCAGGACGCACCGAAAACAGUACGACUCCUCAUCCAGUCGUAUGAACCAACGCGCAGAAGCACUACUGAGGGACGGGGCAAACCGUACGUUAGAGCUCACGUUCGUGGCACCGAGGGCUUCCAGAAGACGCGCGGCGCGUCCCGAGAUGCCGAUGGAACAGCUAGGUGGUUCGAGGCCCAGGAGCUCGAGCUGGACAUCAGCACUGGAAGGAUCGUGAAGUUGUCAUUUGUCGACGAGGCUGGAAGGUCCACGGAAGGAGAGAUAGCCCUGGGACCGCUACUACAGGAGUUCGUCCAAUCACCCUGCGGUGUGGUCCGGCGGUGCGUCACGUGCGUCGAUCCCUUGGAUGAACUGGAGGCGCUGGCGGACAACGAGGACGUGCGGUAUGCUUCCAGUUCUGGUGUUUUGCGCUUCGGCGUCGUUUUUCUGACUGAUGAUAAGCCGCAAGCGCCACCGCCUCCACGAGUCAAAGCGCGCGUGAGGAUCCGCUUCGAAGCCGGUGACGCCGUGGUCAAGGCAGCGUUGUGUGCGUCGGGCAAAGUGGUCGAGUGCUCCCUAACAGAAGCGAGGACCGUGGUCUUACGGUCCAGCCACGCGGAGAUUGAUGUACUAUGUAUAUCGACAUCAGAAGGUUCCCUCAGAGUGCCCCUCGGGCUCUUACCAGAUGGUAAGUAUCCGACGGAAACGUGGUCCGUCGGUAGUGAUGUGCAGCUGAGUUUACGCGUGGAGCGCGCGUCCGAGGAACGGCCCGCCACGCCCGCGUCGCCGGGCGUACCGGUAGAACAAAAGCCGAAGCCUACCCAAAGGCGCGUCAUCGCCACGGCCGCCAAACGCAUCGAGCGGACCGUCCCCAUCCGCUGCUCGUUGGUCGGCGUGCAAGAAGAUCAUGAAUUGGUGGACUGCGACCGCUGGCGGCUCAUCGCGACGAUCGACGGGAAGGGGCCUCGCCGCGUCGACGGCGCGUCGCUCGUCUUCGACGCCAAAAGGCACUCAUUUUUGGACGUCGCUUUAGGACGAACGACGACGCAUUCCUCGUUCGUCGGUGAUGGUUCCACCCAAAUCCACGCUCCUGCCAUAUCGUUGGAUGCUUUAGUCCAGAUUGGUGGGGAAUGUGUCGUGUGGCUGCCUUUGAUGGAGUCGCACGCGGAGCUCGGCCUGAAGCCCCAAAUAGGCGUGCGCAUACGCGUCAACGGCCCUCGGUCGUUCAAGCGGCGGCCGUUCCGAGGAUGGGUGCAUUGCGUGGCCAUUUGCCAACAAGGGCCCGUGUCAUUAGCUCUCGAAGGAUCAACAGAGGAGAUGCCGCCCUGGCCCGACGCGGAGAACGGGGUGGUGCUACCUUUACGGGUCGCGAAUUCGAGCGACGCGGCGACGGUCUCACUGGAAGUAUCGUUAGGGGACGCCGUGGGUUCUCUGCCGCUCACGACGUCGAUCCUAGACGGCGGCGACGUCGCGUCGGCGACUCUCGACUUGUUAAGGGAUGAAGAGUGUGUCUCGACGGCGCGCGUGACCGUGCAGGCGCUGCCGGGCGAAACACUACUAUCUAGAAAGCUCGCCACGCAAGAACAAACACAAGUGGAUCCGCGGCGACUCUCGGUCAAAGUCAAAGGCGCCCGGUUCCUGGAGCACCCUAGGUGUCGAGGUAGAAUAGAAGCCUACGUCAAGCUAGCUUUGCUAUGUGGCGACGAUGAGACACAGGCAAGAGGCUCGGUAGCUACCAGAGGCACGGACACGCACCCCCAGUGGGACGAAGAUGUACUGUUGAGCUUACCUAGAGCUUUAUCCUUGCUGCUAGAUGCGCCGGAUUUGCGGAACAUGGAGCCGCCUUCACUCACUUUGACAGUUGUGGCGUCGACGAUGCCGUCACAUGAUGACAAUAUAGGCCACGCUUCUCUCAGAGUGCCGUGGCCGACGUUUACGUCCAGUGAAGAACAGGCUACUUUAGAAUUGCGCGACCAGGCGGGCGCCUUCCGCGGCGAGGUCGACGUAUGUAUCACAAUGGCAACAGAAAAAACGUCGACGCCGUCGAUGCUCUUCCUCGCCACGUCCUGUAAGGCGCCUUUGUCGUUAGAGUCGAGCGGCCGCACGUGCGCCUCCACGAACGCGUUGUGGCCCUUGACGGGUCGAGACGACGACGCGUUAGUUGUGGAGCGUAUCGAUGGCGCGGGUCUCGCCGACUUGAGCGACCUCGCGCUGCGAGCGUUGGCGCAUCCGGGUACGGUCGAGACCUGCGAGGAUACAUUAGGAAGGGGCCACCAGGCCUCGCAUGUACAAUGCGAGGCUUGUGUGCUGAGACCGGCAACUGGGUCGUUGGAAGUCGUCGUGGAAGCUUUGGACCUCGACGAGCAGGCCUGCGAGCGGGCCGCGAGACUGACGGACGGCGAGGCCGACGCGCCCUCGCUACCGUCGCGGACGUUUUGUAGGGUAUCGGUCAAAGGUUCAUUAGGACACGGUGCUCAUACACGAAGUACUACAUCAUUGGUGGGCAAGGCGGCCUUCGGAGGACCCCAUGCGGAGAAGCUUUCACUGGAAAUCGACGCUUCUCGACUGAUUGAUCCGCUGUUUGUGGCGCCUUCAUUGGAAAUAGCUGUCUUAGAUGAACGAGGUGGAUGGAGGAAUAGGGUAGCGAAGGGUUCGGUGGCCUUGGCGCCGUUGAUUGCUUUGUCUACAGAACGCAGUAAAGAAACGCGAGGCCUCGUCCUUGCACUCGAAGACCCGGUCACUGGUGCUCAAAGAGGCUCGUGUACCCUAUCCUGCGCCUUCAAGGCCGUCGCCAUCGCAAGUGUUGGAGCACCGACACCCUCGCAGUGCGCCUCCGCGGCUCUGCUCAAAAAAGUGUUUUUCGAUUGUGACGGCGGGCCGUCCCAUCCGGUCCCACGUUCCGUGUUACUGGCUUCCUUGGAUAGUAACGAUGCGCCGUGGGCGUCGAUCUUGGAUCUCGUGCAAGCUACGUCAGAAGUAACGUGGGAUGUGUGGCGCGAUGUCGUCUCCACAGUAAGUACGCGGGCGGACCUACUCGCUGCCAUCGCGACCUCAUCUCAGAAGAGGACCGUGAAGCGGAAACGGGGCGGCGGCCCCGGCGUUGUGUUUUCAUUGGCCUUUUCUGCUGCUUCCCAGAUCGCUCUCAAAACUGAUGCUGCAGAGAAAUGUAUAGUGCGAGGCGCCGAAUUAUUGUUAAGGGGUGUCGACGGCCGAGUCGUGUCCGUCGUUGGAAGUUCGUGCGCCGUGUCUAUUGGUAGAGCCGGUUUUGAUGGAGAUGGGGUGAAGAAGGUAUUGAGUGAGGUCGACGGUGAGGCGCCGCUCGGGGCUGCCGUUUUGAGGACGCUCGGCCCUUGUACGCUGUCAAAUGUGAAGAUAGGAGCUGGAGCCGAUAAGAUAAGGAGUACCACUACUCAAAAAAGGGCGUGGGACCCCACUCUGACGCAGGACAGUGUGCGAGACGACGCGAAAACAAGGGCGGCCAUUGCUGUUGCUAGGGAUGCUCGUAGAGCAUUACGACGAGAAAAGAAGGUGCUGGAGGCCGUGGUUUGUGCGGGUGGCGGUAAGAGGGCCGCCGCGGCGCUAUUGCUGGCUGCGACCGAGACGGUGCGGACGCCGACGCCCAAAAAGGGGAGGACGCCGCGGUCGUCUAUUCGCAGAACGCCGCCGUCCUCGAGAAGGCGGUCGCAUGACGACGCCCUCUCGCCCUCGAGCGUCUGGGCGGCCCACGCGCGCGAGGGCGCGGCGAUGGAGCGCGAGUCGCUCGUGAACGAGGCUGAAGCUUUAAAGGCCCAGGCCGAGACAAGUGCUGAGUUAGCUGACGGGUUCAGGAGGGCGGCAAAACGCGCCGCCGACGACCUGGAGGACGCGAGAAGGCGCGACGCCGAGGCCGAAGCUCGACUACGGGCCGCGGAGAAAGCUCGUAGAGCCGCGUCGGCCGCGCUGGAAAGGAGGGAUGCGGAAUUACGGGAAGUCCGCGCGAAGAAGCGCGCCGACGCGAAACGGGAGGUGUUUCGGCGCGACUACGCGGCGAAGGCGGCUUUGCGCGUCGAGGAGGCGGCGAAGGAGCAGGAUAGCGCGGCGCGCGUGUUCCAACGGAGGGCGCGGCCCUUCCUGGCGAAGAAGCUUGUUGAAAGGGAACGGGAGGAGGUCGUGGAGAGGAAGAAGGCCGCGUCUACUUUAGUGAAACGGCGGCGGGAGGUCAUCGGGCAGCGCCAGGAGAAGAAGGCGGCGACGUGCGUCCAGAAGACUUAUAGAGGUCUCACGGCGCGGCGCGCGGUGAAGCGGCCCGUUCCUGUUGUCGCUGCGCCGGUGCCCGCCUGUGUGGAAAUCAACCAGUGAGUUAGGUUGCGAGAGACCUCCGUCAACCUUUACGCCAUCGAGCAGACGCGGUGACAGGGAUAUCAUUGCGUCGUCGGCGUGGGGCGCCUGAAUUUGAUUUCCACACAGGUGCCAGCGCCGACACCCGCCCCGGAGCCGAAGUCGCCGUCCGCGGCGCAACGCUCAGCGAAGAAGCCCACCGUCGUCGCUGCCCCGGCGCCCGCGCCGGCGCCGACCGCGCCGAAGCCGGUACCGGUCAAGUCGCCGCCCGCGGCGCGUCCAGCUUCGCCGGACCCCAUUGUGCUGCGGGAGAACGAGCGACGGGCCGCGGCGCGGCGGGCGACGCGCGCCGAGGACAUCCUGCGCAAGCGGCGCGCGGAAUUACAAAGGGAGGCGGAGCUGCGCGCCGAGAAAGCCGCCGACGAUAGGAGGCGGCGCGCGUACCUCAGCGGGGCCUCUUGUCUGUACCGUGGCGUGGAGCGUGUGGUGCUGCGGCGUUGUCGUGAAUUCUUCGUGAGCUGGCGGCGGGGCGGUAGGGCGCCCACCGUACGGCGACGGCGCACGCGUCGUAAGGGCGACGACCGCGAAGCUUACCGCCGCGCCGAGGCGAACCGGGAUCUCGAGGCGGAACGCUCAUCAGCGCUCGAGCGUGCUGAGAUCGCGCGGGCCCGGGCGGACGCCGAGGAGGCGCGACUGCGGCUUGCGCGCAGAGAGGCCGAUGCUGCAGACGCGAGGCUUCGGGAGCUGGAGCGACGGAGGCACGAAAUGGUGCGGGCGUCGCAACGGGCGUCCCCGCCGACGACGCCGCGCCGCGACGCUCCAGCUAGGCCCGGCCUGAGCCAACUCGUGACCCGGCCCGAGCCUUCUCCAGAAAAACCUGCCGAGGACGACUCGUUCCCGUCCUUUCACAAGGAGCCGACGCCCCGGGACCCUACGCCCCGACGCGCUGUCGCGCCGUCGCCGCGUGUCGAGCCAGAUCCGGUCGUUCCGUCGCCGCGCGUCGACGAGCCAUCAGUGGCCCACCUCGAGCACACGCCCGAGCCGACGCCGCGGCAGUGGCCGCCCUUCGGGCAGGCCCUGAUCGGCGCACAUGUCAAAAUUAAUGUCAAGGGCGUCUGGCUACGUGGCGAGAUCACGGACGUGGCCGCCGCGAUGCCAGAGUUGGAAGGCGGCAACGGCGUCUGUAUUCAUGUGAACGACGCGGGCGAGGACGAGUGGCAUGAGUACGGGAGCGACGAGGUCCGUAUACUAACGGACGAGGAAAUAUAUGUUCAUCCGCGGCCGCCCUUCGGGGAAGAGCUUGUCGGAAACUUCGUCCAGGUCCACGUGGCGGGCGCGUGGCUCAACGCGGUGAUUACGGAGGUCGACGCGGACCACAAUGGCCAUGAAGAAAUCUGCAUCCAAUACGCGCAAUAUAAAUCGGCGGAUCCGGAGUGGCAUCUCUACGACAGCGAGGACAUCAUCUACCGCGAUGACCCUACGACACCAGGAGCGAGUCACAUGAGUCGCGCAACGCCCGAAAAUGAUCCUGAGUCGCCGCGGGUCAUCGACGCGACGCCCCAGCGAGUGCCUGCCGAGGCGCCGAAUGUCAUCUCGGAGUGGAAAAAAACCGAUCGAGCAUGGCCUCCCUUCUCAGAAGACCUCGUGGGCUCCUCGGUAAAGGUCCUCGUCGACGGGGCGUCGCUGGCGGCCGAAAUUAUUGAAGUCGCGGAGGCCAUGGCCGAGCUGGACGGCCUCAACGGCGUCUGCAUCCGCUUCCGCGACGACGAGCACGCCGACGAGGAGUGGCACGAGUACGGGACCGAGGACAUCCUCUUCGUGCGCGAGGAGCCGGUGGCGAGCCCGGGGAGUUUCUUCCGGUAAGAGAAUGUCUGAUA